AGCCAGUCGGAACAAAAGCUCAGUUGUUGAAAAGUCAUGUGACUGCGAGUGUGCAUGGGUUCCACCCUCGUCUUGUGAUGUGAGCUCGAGGCAGGGCCUGAGAAGUGCUGAAUCGCUCCUUCCACCCCCGGCGCAAGCAGGCAGAGAGGAGACGGGCAGCCUGACAGUCGGACGAACGGACGAAUGGAUGGAUGGAUAACAGACGUACACUGAGUCAAAUUUGAAAACGAAUCGGAACGCCCAGAAAAUCCAUCACAGCAACAUAUCAUCGAAUUGAUUUAGACUUCUCUGAGAAGUGAAGAUGCAGAGCUGCAUUCUGGAUAUCUCUUUUAUACACAAGCAGCCGGUGAGGCCGUCAGGGAGAGGAUCUGCUGCACGGGGGUCUGAAGGGUAUGAGCCAUGGCCUCGGUGGUGCUGGUUGACACCGGUGGGACAGUGGUGGAGUACGUCGCAGCUGAAGAAGAUCUGCAGCAGCAGGAUGGAGAAUGUGAGGUGGACCUGGAGAUGGAAGGAGAGGUAGAAGGAGAGUGUGAAGCUGAGGAGGUCUGUGAAGACACGGAGGAAGGAGAAGCAUCUGGAGGCUGCCCAGCUGUCAUCGUGGAGGAGAUGCCUGGAGCCUGUCUGACGGAGGAGCAGGGCUACUCAGCCCAGGUUUUGGUCUAUGCUGAUGACACCGAUGUCAUGCAGGAGGUGGAGACAGAAGGAGAUCAAGUGGAGGCGUCUGUUCACUUCACCAGCGUUCACUGCUCAGACAAAACUAUAGAAGCUGCAGAGGCUCUGCUUCACAUGGAUUCACCCUCCAGCCUCCAAGGAGACCGAAGUCCAGAUACUUUAGUCCCACCGUGUGAAGUGACUCCGGACUUCCUCCUGGCUGCCAUGCGACCUGACAUGAUUACAGACACAGAGGUGGAGAUCUCCACAGAGGAGUGCUGCGAGGAGGAAGAUGAGAUGGUCACCUCCAUGGAAGAGCCAGAGCUUGAUAACGAACCUGUCAGAAAGAGACGGGCUGGAAAGAAGCCGAAGAUCCAUCAGACCACUUUUUCUAACGGCUCCGUGGAUCUCAGCAUUAAGAAGAAGCCGAGAGAAGGCAAAGGGAGCACCACGUACCUGUGGGAGUUCCUGCUGGAGCUGCUGCAGGACAAGAACACCUGUCCCAGGUAUAUCAAGUGGACUCAGAGGGAGAAGGGCAUCUUCAAGCUGGUGGACUCCAAGGCCGUGUCCAGGCUUUGGGGCAAACACAAGAACAAGCCUGACAUGAACUAUGAGACGAUGGGACGAGCGCUCAGAUAUUACUACCAGCGCGGCAUCCUCUCCAAGGUCGAGGGCCAGCGGUUGGUUUACCAGUUUAAGGAAAUGCCCAAAAACAUCAUCAUCAUUGACGACAAGGCGGACAUGUCGGAUGACCUGAUGGCCUCAGACACGGCGGCGUCGUACGAGCGCGUCCCUCCUCCAUCCGACAUGUUGCUUCAAGCCUCUGAGCUCCCGCCUUCAAAGAAACCCAACAUUCUGAGAGGAGCCAACAGAGCCGGCGUGGUCCAAACCUCCGUCGCCGCGAGCAGCAAGUCGCCAUCAGGAGGCGGAGCCACCAUCACUACAGCAGGGCCGAGGAUUGUCGCCGUCUCGUCGGCUCCGGACGGGAGCCAGAGCCGGCAGCAGAGCACGGCUGGGAUGUCCAACGCCGCCGGGCCGAGGACGGUACGGGUGGCAAUGCAGGUUCCUGUCGUCAUGACAACAUCACAGGGCCAGAAGAUCUCCACCGUGGCUGUGCAGCAGCCAGCAGGGGCAGCCAGCCCCACCACCAUCCUCACCAGCGCCUCCAGCGUCGGCGCCGCAGCCAACGCCAACUCCCAGCAGAAGGUUGUGAUCCAGACUAUUCCAACCAUGGUCCCGGCCACAGCCGAGAACGGGGAUAAGAUCACAGUCCAGCUGGCGAAGAUCAUCACCAUCCCGGCCCACCAGCUGGCCCAGUGCCAACUCCAGGGAGGCGCCAACAAAGCCAACGCCGCCGCAGUCCCGCCUGCCGGCAUCAGCCUUCUUGGAAGCCCCCUGACGGUCCGGGCGCUCACGCCCGUCAACGUUGUCCCGGGAACGCAGGUGAUGAGGCUCACCGUGCCCCCCCAGACCCAACAACAGACUCUGGUGGUGUCGCAGCCGGGGAGCAUGGGCGGCGGGGCGGGCGUGGUGACCGUGUCCGCGGGGAACCGGGCGGUGGGCGCGCCGCCGCCUCACAUCAUCGGCGGCAUCAUCAACGGCACAGAGCUGGUCAUAGGACCGGGCGGCGUCACCGUGGAGAAGCUGAAGGCGGCGGGCGCCACUGCGCGGGCCCUGCAGGUGCAGCCCAGCCCGGCGAACCCCCAAACUGUUCAGAACCUCAAGCCGGAGGCUGCGGACGCUAAGGUGGUUACCAAACUGUUAACUCCAGACGGGAUUAAGAUGGAGGAGCCCGAGUAUUAAAACAUUUCUUCACCUCCUUUAGACUAAAGCUAGUUUUUACAUUUCUGAGGUCAAUUUUACUUUUACCUGUAAUAACCAGCAGCAACCUGUGAGACUUUAAAGGUUUGUUUUUAGUCCUUCUCCCCGUCGCUGCCUAGAACUGACACGGACUGACGGAACCUCCACAGAACCUCCACAGAACCUCCUUAGGUCUGGAUCUCUGAAUCAUAGGAAUACAGACUUGAAAAGGACCAACCUGCAUCACUACAGGCCACGCCUUCUGGCCGGAUCACUGACAAACGUCAACACUACACGAGGCAGAGAGCUGCAGCCAACCACAUUGUAAAAAGACAAAAAGAUAAGCUUUUUAAAGUGUUUCUACUUCUAGAAUUGUUCAAAACCAGCAGUUUUUAUUUGAUUUUUAUUUUUUUUUACACACGUGUAUCACUGUGCAGGCCGAGGGCGGGAAGAGGAAGGUGAGCUGAGGGCAGUUUGUCAGACAGGAACUCGUCAUGUAUGUAUAUAUAUAUAACCGUCUAUACAGCUUAUGGAGCUAAUGUUAACAGCAAUCCUAGAUUUCAGCUUUUUUGGAAAUGACGAGUAAAAAUGUGUGUUGAAAUACUUUGUACCAGGCGCAGUAUUACGGCAACGGGACUAACAUUUGUAGUACAGUGGUCCCUCGUUUAUCGCGGGAGUACCAAAAAUAUCAUGACUUUUUCAAGGAGUCUGUAUGUUUUAAGGCUGUAACCCCCCACCCCCCAUACUUCUACCCUUUUCUCAAACAAACGCCAACAUUUCCCCCUUUUUUCUUUUCUUGUUUCAAUGUUUGAAACCACCUCGAAAAAUAAGUUCAGGGUUAUAGAAUUAAAACAAAAACAUCUCAGAUUUAUAUGGAUUUGGCAAACUGAACGCAUUCUGUACAGGAGACAGUACAGAGAUUGAUUGACAGGGUCAAAAAAAAAAUUCAAGCAGACAAAAUUACUGUUAAGUACUUUGAUACUUAAGAGCAAAACGAGAGAUAUGAAUAGUUGUCAGAAAAAGCUAUGGACCACAUACUCCAGGGCUGCACGGUGGUGCAGUGGUCAGCACUCUUGCCUCACAGCAAGCGGGCCCCACGUUCAAGUCCCAGCUGGGGGCAACAGGACACCAAUGGGGAGUUGACACUGGAGCCUUUCUCCCUCCGGGGACUCCGGCUUCCUCCCACCGUCCAAACACAUGGCUCUGAGGUUCAUUGGUCACUCUAGCUUGUCCCUAGGUGUGAAUGUGGGAGCAUGGGUGUGUGGUUUGUGGCCCUGCGACAGACUGGCGACCCCCCCCCCCCCCAAAAAAAAAAAAAAAAACGGUUUUAGAAGAUGAAUGAAAGUUACUCUUAAAAAAUCUGCAAAUGAUGAACGGCGUUACAUCAAGGGACCACUGCAUGGAUCUAUUUUGUUUCUGUUUCUCUGAUGAUCCAAUCAGCUUGUUCUGACCCCCCCACUUUUUUUUUUUUUUGGCAGCGUGUUGCUCAGCGUUUCAGGUCUAAAUGUGAAAAAAAAGGUGUCUUUCUUUACGUUUGCUCUGCGAUUUGCUGCCUGAAAGCACACGCGGCUCUGAACUGAUGCUGUCGGAUGAAGUAGGAAUGUGUGGAAAGCCCGUCUGGGAGCGGACGCAUGUGGACUAAAGGUUUUCCGGCCGCAGAAGUCUGGGACCGCUGUGGCCGGCCGGUCGCCUCACACGGACUUACACAGAGGUCAGCGCGUCGGGCCGGUCUGCCGCAUCGACUCUGCCCCGACGUUUCUUUAUCUUAUCUGGAAGAAGGGAAGACGUUCUUUGUUCAGACUGAACCGUUUGUAUAUUCAACAUUUGAAGUAUAUUCUAUUUUGUUGUACUCUUGUUUCAAAGUGUAUUAAAGUAGAUUUUACUGAAAUAUCAA